AUGGAAGGGGAUAUCAGUGUGAACGGAGAUCCUAACAACAAUCAAGAAUCAAAGAAGAAAGAGUCCAAAGAUGAACCCACCAAAACAGUACCCUUAUACAAACUUUUCUCAUUUGCUGAUUCUUUGGAUCACUUGUUGAUGUUGGUGGGAACUGUGGGUGCAAUUGGGAAUGGAAUCUCCAUGCCCUUAAUGACUGUGAUAUUUGGAAACAUGAUCAAUGCAUUUGGAGGAUCCAGUACCACGGAAGAAGUUGUUGAUGAAGUUUCCGAUGUGUCUCUGAAAUUUGUGUACUUGGCUGUGGGUACCUUUGCAGCAUCACUUUUGCAGUUGGCAUGCUGGAUGAUCACUGGAGAGAGACAAGCUGCAAGAAUUAGAGGCUUAUACCUUCAAACAAUUCUGAGACAAGAUGUCACCUUCUUUGAUAAAGAGACUAAUACUGGAGAGGUUGUAGGAAGGAUGUCAGGUGAUACUGUUCUUAUUCAAGAUGCCAUGGGUGAGAAGGUGGGACAGUUUAUACAAUUAAUCGCAACUUUCAUUGGAGGAUUUGUUGUGUCAUUCAUCAAAGGAUGGCUUCUAACUCUUGUCAUGCUGUCUAGUAUUCCACUUCUUGUCUUGGCCGGGGCUAUGAUGAGCCUGGUUAUUACAAAAGCGUCAUCCAAGGGACAAGCUGCGUAUUCCACAGCAUCAAGUGUAGUAGAGCAGACAAUUGGUUCUAUCCGGACUGUUGCGUCAUUCACUGGGGAGAGGCUAGCAAUAGCUAAAUACAAUCAGUCAUUAAUCAAGUCAUACAUGACUGGAGUGCAAGAGGCACUAGCUUCUGGUUUGGGUUUUGGUGCGCUCUACUUCGUUUUUAUCUGCAGUUAUGCUUUGGCAAUUUGGUUUGGUGCGAAAAUGAUAAUCGAGAAAGGAUACACAGGAGGAGAUGUUGUGACUGUAGUGUUUGCUGUAUUGACUGGCUCCAUGUCUCUUGGGCAGGCAUCUCCAAGCUUGAGUGCUUUUGCUGCAGGACAAGCUGCAGCCUUUAAGAUGUUUGAAACAAUUAAGAGGAAGCCAGAAAUUGAUGCCUAUGACACUAAUGGUCGGAAGCUUGAAGACAUUCGUGGCGAUAUAGAGCUUAGGGAGGUUUGCUUUAGUUAUCCUACAAGACCUGAUGAACUGAUAUUCAACGGAUUUUCGCUUUCAAUACCAAGUGGUACUACUGCAGCUUUGGUAGGACAAAGUGGAAGUGGGAAAUCCACAGUUGUUAGUUUGAUAGAGAGAUUUUAUGAUCCACAGUCUGGUGCAGUACUUAUUGAUGGUAUCAAUCUCAAAGAAUUCCAACUCAAAUGGAUCAGACAGAAAAUUGGCCUAGUCAGCCAGGAACCGGUUCUCUUUACUUGUAGCAUUAAAGACAAUAUUGCCUAUGGCAAGGAUGGAGCAACUGAUGAAGAAAUCAGGGCUGCGGCAGAACUUGCUAAUGCUUCCAAAUUUAUAGAUAAACUACCUCAGGGACUAGAUACAAUGGUUGGUGAGCAUGGAACUCAGCUCUCUGGGGGCCAAAAGCAGAGGGUGGCAAUAGCAAGAGCAAUUUUGAAAGACCCAAGAAUCCUACUUCUGGAUGAAGCUACAAGUGCCCUUGACGCUGAAUCUGAGAGAAUUGUACAGGAGGCAUUGGACAGAAUAAUGAUAAACCGAACAACUGUCAUUGUUGCCCACCGCUUGAGUACUAUAAGAAAUGCCGAUACCAUUGCUGUUGUUCAUCAAGGAAAAAUAGUUGAAAGAGGUUCACACGAUGAGCUCACCAAGGAUCCGGAAGGAGCCUAUAGCCAGCUCAUCAGACUUCAAGAAAUUAAGAGGUCAGAACCGAAUGCAGAAGACAGAGAAAAACUAGAGAGUAUAUCGCAUUCUGGAAGACAUUCAAGUAAAAGGUCUUUCUUACGAUCUAUAAGCCAAGAGUCAUCGGGAGUGGGAAACAGUGGUCGUCAUUCAUUCUCAGCAUCAUUUGGUGUGCCCACAUCUGUUGGCUUCAUAGCACCUGCCGGUGAAGGGCCUGAAGAUCAUCCUACAACGACUCCUUCACCACCAGAAGUGCCUCUUCGUCGCCUGGCUUAUCUAAACAAGCCAGAGUUUCCAGUGAUACUGAUGGGAACUGUAGCUGCAGUGAUAUCUGGAGCAAUAUUACCUGUUUUUGGUCUAUUACUUUCCAAAAUGAUAGGCAUUUUCUAUGAGUCACAUCAUGAACUUCGUAAAGAUUCAAAAGUUUGGGCAUUAAUAUUUGUUGCGGUUGGUGUGGUAUCCUUGCUGGUUUUUCCGGCUAGAUUCUACUUUUUUGGUGUUGCCGGUGGUAAGUUGAUCCAAAGGAUCCGUAAAAUGUGUUUUGAGAAAGUAGUUCACAUGGAAGUAAGUUGGUUUGAUGAAGCUGAGAAUUCGAGUGGAGCAAUUGGAGCAAGACUCUCUACUGAUGCAGCUUCUGUUAGAGCUUUAGUUGGGGAUGCACUUGGUUUGCUGGUUCAAAAUAUUGCCUCAGCACUAACUGGAUUGGUAAUUGCCUUUGAAUCAAGCUGGCAGCUUGCUCUUAUAAUCCUUGCUAUGGUGCCUCUACUUGGACUAAACGGAUAUCUGCAAAUCAAGUUCUUGAAAGGAUUCAGUGCAGAUGCAAAGAGAUUGUACGAGGAAGCAAGUCAAGUGGCGAAUGACGCCGUGGGGAGUAUAAGAACAGUUGCUUCUUUCUGUGCUGAAGAGAAGGUGAUGGAGUUAUACAGAGGAAAAUGUGAAGGACCAAUUAAGACGGGCAUAAGGCAAGGGAUAAUAAGUGGAGUUAGUUUUGGAAUAUCAUUCUUUGUGCUGUACGCAGUCUAUGCAACCAGUUUUUAUGCUGGAGCUCGACUGGUAGAGGAUGGCAAAACAUCAUUCACCAAUGUUUUCCGGGUCUUUUUUGCUCUUAGUUUUGCAGCUAUAGGAAUCUCUCAAUCUGGCUCUCUGGUCCCUGAUUCAGUCAAAGCAAAAGGUGCUGCUGCUUCCAUAUUUGCCAUUAUUGACCGAAAGUCUAAAAUAGACCCAAGUGAUGACUCUGGAAUGACAUUGGAAGAAGUGAAGGGAGAGAUUGAGCUUAAGCAUGUCAGUUUCAAGUAUCCUACAAGACCUGAUAUUCAAAUAUUCAGAGAUCUUAGCUUGACCAUUCAUAGCGGCAAGACAGUUGCACUGGUUGGAGAAAGUGGAAGUGGGAAAUCAACAGUGAUCUCAUUGUUACAAAGAUUUUAUGAUCCAGACUCAGGUCACAUUACACUGGAUGGAAAAGAAAUUCAAGGUCUGCAAGUUAAAUGGCUUAGACAGCAGAUGGGUCUGGUGAGCCAAGAGCCUGUACUGUUCAAUGACACCAUCCGAGCCAAUAUUGCAUAUGGAAAAGGAGACGCAACUGAGGCAGAAAUUAUAGCUGCGGCAGAAUUGGCAAACGCCCAUAAGUUCAUUAGUAGUUUGCAGAAGGGUUAUGACACGGUAGUAGGGGAGCGAGGAGUUCAAUUAUCUGGGGGACAGAAGCAACGGGUGGCAAUUGCACGAGCUAUAGUGAAGAAUCCAAAAAUAUUACUUCUAGAUGAAGCCACAAGUGCACUUGAUGCUGAGUCUGAGAAAGUGGUUCAGGAUGCACUUGACCGUGUUAUGGUGGACCGGACCACAAUAAUAGUGGCUCAUAGGUUAUCCACUAUUAAGGGUGCUGAUUUAAUUGCAGUAGUUAAAAAUGGGGUGAUAGCAGAGAAGGGAAAGCAUGAAGCAUUACUCAAGAAGGGAGGUGACUAUGCUUCCUUGGUUGCGUUGCACACGACUGCUUCUACUUCUACAUCUUAG